AUGCCUUAUCCCUCCCCGUACCCUCCAAUCGACAUCCCGGUCGUCGACCUGUGGAAGUUCCUCUUCGAAAAUGAGAAGCGCGACUUCGCGGAUGACAAAGUGAUCUACCAGGAUGCGGACACUCUACGGUCGUACACCUAUUCCGAGAUAAAGUCGACUGCCAUCACGUUCGGAACAGGUCUCAGGGCUUCUUACGAUUGGAAAAAGGGCGAUGUGCUGGCUCUCUUUGCGCCCAACGAUAUCGACAUCCCGCCCGUGCUAUGGGGUACGCAUUGGGCUGGCGGUGUAGUCACACCUGCUAACCCGGCAUACACGGCAGACGAGCUUGCCUUUCAGCUACAAAAGACCCGGGCUCGUUUCCUUGUAACACACAUGUCUUGCCUUGAUGUUGCUGUGCGGGCUGCUGCGAAGGUUGGUAUUUCAGACGAUUGCAUUGUGUUGCUGGGCACGGAACGGCAUCCCAGCUUGAAGUAUAAGCACUUCACCUCUGUCCGAAAUUUGUCCGGUGCAACGUUGUAUCGUAGGGCGCGUAUUGAUCCAAAGAAGGACCUUGCAUUUCUGGUCUUCUCGUCUGGAACUACCGGUGUGCCAAAGGGUGUUAUGUUGAGCCAUUAUAACAUCGUAUCAAACAUUCUUCAACUCAAGGCGGGAGAGGAAGGGAAUCUCACCUGCAAUGGUGGACCAGACGGCAAGGGAGACCGCAUGCUGGCUUUUCUCCCGUUCUUUCACGUUUAUGGCUUGACCUGCCUAAUCCAUAGUUCGAUGUACUCUGGGUACCAUUUGUACGUCAUGCCCAAAUUCGACAUAGAACGGUGGUGCGCCCAUGUCCAGAAUUACCGCAUCACAUUUUCGUAUGUUGUGCCUCCGGUCAUUCUACUACUCGCCAAACAUCCAGCGGUCUCGAAAUACGACCUGUCAUCGCUUCGCAUGAUGAAUUCUGGCGCUGCGCCGCUCACUUCCGAACUUCUAGAAGCCAUGCAUGACCGAAUCAAGGUCGGAGCCAAGCAAGGAUACGGACUGAGCGAAUGCAGCCCAACAACCCACACUUUGUCCUGGAAGGAUUGGCAUCGAAAGGCUGGCGCUGUCGGUAAACUGCUUCCUAAUAUGGAAGUGAAAUACAUGACUAGCGCUGAAGAAGGGUCGGAACCUGCGGAGGUACAAGCCGGGCAAACGGGGGAGGUCUAUCUCCGUGGACCCAACGUAUUUUCAGGCUAUCUAGACAACCCCACGGCGACGGCAGGCUGCCUCUCUGCGGAUGGCUGGUUUUGUACUGGCGACGUGGGUCAUCAAGACGAUGAAGGAAAUCUGUACAUCACCGAUCGCGUCAAAGAGCUGAUCAAAUACAAGGGGUUCCAGGUUGCACCGGCAGAGCUGGAAGGAUACCUUGCCUCACACCCAGAUGUGGACGAUGCAGCUGUUAUUGGCGUUGAAAGCGAAAAGCACGGGAGCGAGGUUCCGCGUGCAUACAUCGUUGUCAAACCGGGCGUUGAGACGGGAGACAAGACUGCUGAGAAGAUCGCUAGCUGGCUGGCUGGCAAGGUCGCACCAUACAAACGACUGAGAGGCGGAGUCGUAUUCGUCGACUCUAUACCCAAAAGUCCAAGCGGGAAGAUUCUUAGACGGGUUCUGAAAGACAUGAUCAAGAAGGAGAACAGCAGGGCCAAGGCUAAGCUAUGA